GCGACAACAGUCAUCGCGGCCAAUCAGGAGCGCGCUUACUCCUCUGUGACGUUUGAACGCGUUCGCGGCAGUGUGACGGGACGUGACGCGGCGGCGUCUGCAAUGUUUACAGUUUUGUCAGCAUCUUGAAGUGUUUUUAAUAGUUCUCCCGGAGAAAGAUGGAUCGUGUGCGGGACAGCAGCGCGUCUGUCGCAGGUGAAGCGGUGGAGCUGGUGCGGGUCUGCAGGGCCGAGUACAGAGCGAUCGGACGACUGACGGAGCGGCUGCGACCCACGCGGCAGAGCAUCAGGACCCUGCAGACACAGUUCCCACAUCUUCCUCCGUCCACUCUUCUGAGCAUCUUCUCCCAGGAGUACCAGAAGAGGAUGAAGCGCAGCAUGGUGAGACAUCACGCCCCUGAUGUGGUCAAAGAGUAUUAUCAGAGGUACCGCAGCGAAGCCAAGACUCGUCCUGCUGCACCGCUUCUGCUGGAGCUCGCCAACCAGGUGGACCUGUCUCCGGCUCUCCUGGCCCGUCUGAUUGUGGAGUGUUUCCUGGAGGAGCGCCAGGCUUCAGUCGCUUCCAGACACGUCCUCAACAACAUGCUGCGUGAGCCGUAUUUAAUUCCAGACCUGCUGUUAGCGAAGCACGUCGAGCAGUGCACAGUAAAUGACUGCUGUUAUGGACCGCUGGUCGACUGCAUCAAACAUGCCAUCGGUCUGGAGCAUGAAGACCUGCUACGAGACAAACUCCGAGAGAGGAACUUGUCGUUUUUAGAUGAGAACCAGCUCAGGAGCAAAGGCUACGACAAAACCCCGGACAUCAUUCUGGAGGUGCCCAUCGCUGUUGAUGGUCAUAUAGUUCACUGGAUUGAGAGCAAAGCUUCAUUUGGAGACGACCACAGCCAUCACACGUACCUGAACGAGCAGUUCUGGAGCUACUGCAACAGGUCAGACCCUAAAUACAGUCAAUAAAAAUAAACCUGACGUCUGUCUGUUAAAUUAACAUCAGAGUCUGAGUAUGAUGACAGUGUGUGAUGUCUUCAGCACUUUAGGGUUAGUAGGGUUAGGCUUGCUUCUCAUCUUAUACACACAUCACAAACACAUUUCAAGCCACUU